UUUUAGUGCGUUUGUAGUAUGCGCUGUGAACGUAGUCAGUGAAUUCCUCUCCUUCGAUAUAAAAUCAAAACAAUAAUUCGCGUAGAACAUUGGAUAAAAAAAUCGUACGUCAUAUCGAAUUUAUUUCAUAACUUGAUUCUUUAAUAAUUCGAAAUUUAAUUGCUUGCUCGAACACUUCAAAAAUAGAUGGAAUUUUUUUAUUGUCAAUUAUGAUAUAAAAGUGCCCUAAGUCGAUGAUUUUCGAGCAAAAAGAGACUCCCGGAUGUUAAUGAUUUUGCAAAAAACUCAUUUAACUAACAGAUGUUUUCGUGAGAAAAAAGAAUUAAACGUAAACUAGUAGAACCAAAAGAAAACUGGUUUCUCGCUGAAGCGGGCGUUGAUUAACGCGUGACGACGUGAUUUAAUUCGAGGAAGGCUACGAGAGGCUCGUGCCAUUUAUUUUUUUCGAUUCUUGACAGACCGAACACGUCAUCGUGACGGCAAGUGUCGGCGGUUUUUCAAGAAGUCGAUUAUCGCUUAGGUAAUCCGAAUCAAAGAUCAUUUUUUUUUUACAUGAGGUGUUCUUGCCGAGAACACAACACAGUCCGUCUUUUACAUACGCAUACGAAGAGAUCUAGGAAUCUGUACACGUACCGAGAUUCGACGGGCUAUAAAGCCUUGCAAGACCUGUUUUCGUGAUUGCCUCGUUCUCAGGAAUCUCGCCGUGCGUUGUCCGCCAGGAAUAGAAACACACGGGGCAGUCUUUGUCUGUCAGCGUUCGAAGGCAGGAGGUGUCAGAAUAUCGUCGGCAAUUUUUCCGUGGCUUUUGCGGUUUGGCCGAUUGAUCGAGAAUCGCGAUGCUGUUCUUCAUCACGUACUUGUUGCCUGUAGUGGCAAGCAUACCUACAGAGUUUCAAAAAAUCGACAAAUCAGGAUACAAAACAGACAUUGACAAUGGCACCUUGAGAAACAUUCAGUUUCUCGGAGAUCCCAGUUUGAAAUUAAACCUCUCGAACUUGACGGAUCUCCGCGCGGUGGAGAGAAACGCCUUCAACAAUAUUCUCGAUGUGGAAUCGCUUCUGCUGGCUAACAAUUCACUGACCUCACUGCCAGAUUUCGUUUUCUCCAAUCUGACAAAGUUGAGGAACCUGUCGCUGGCGAACAAUGAAAUAUCCAGCGUGCGAAAUCUGUUCGUCGGCUUGGAAAAUCUGCAAUUGGUAGACAUCUCGUGCAAUCCUAUCAGACAUCUCGCCAGAGGUGAUCUGUUCGGUCUCACCAGAUCCGUCAGGAUUCUUGUCGACGGAAACAUCUUCUGGAGCAUCAGCACGGACACGUUCACCAAUUCCUUUCUCAAGGACACCGAGGUGCUGAAACAACUAGCAGCGGCACAGGAUCAGGAGUUUUCCGUACAGAAGAACAUCGACGACGUCGAGCUCGAUGAGCAAGAGAACACCGUGAGCAUCAGGAAUGACACUCGGGUGAAGAUUUGCAAGUCCGACGGUGUCGUGACGUCACUGGAGAUUUUCCAAAAAGACGAGGAGCUCGCUGGAGGCUGCGUUCAGGUGCCGAUCGACACCGACGCGAAGCGAGUGAGUCUACGCGAGCAGGGAAUUAGGAGCUUCCAGGAAGGCUGGUAUCGUCUGCAAUCCCUGCCGAUUGUCUCGCUGGAUCUGUCGAACAACGAGAUCGCCGAGAUCACGAGGGAGACUCUCAACGAUCUACCGGCGUAUCUGACGUACGUGAACUUUUUGGGAAAUAAAAUUCGCAGAAUCUGGAGCCAGGUGAUCGAGAACGAUCAUCUGAGAAGACUCAACUUCAAGGACAAUCUCAUCGAGGAGAUCGAGGAAGGCGCGCUCGGAAGAACAAAAUUGCGCGGAUUGUUUCUGGCUGGGAAUCAGCUGGAGAAUCUGAAUUUCGUCGCCAGUCUGCCGGACACUCUCACUGAAUUCUUCGCGAGCGGAAAUCGCGUGAGUUCCAUCGCGGACGGCGCGUUCUCCAGACUCUCGCGUCUGCUUUAUUUGAACCUCGACGAUAAUAGAAUCGACGCGUUGCCGAGUGACGCCUUUCGAGGCUUGGAGUCCUUGCAGGCGCUGACGUUGACGGGGAACAGCAUAACGACGAUUGAGCCGGGCGCAUUCAGAGGCCUGACGGCGCUGAAGACACUCAACCUUCACCGCAAUUCAAUACGCGACCUGCGGAGGAGCACUUUCAGCGAGUUGACGGCUCUGAAGGAGCUGAAUCUCGCUUAUAACAAGAUUAUUAAGGCUGCGUUCGCCGAGCUUCCGCGAUCCGUGGACUCGUUGCAUCUCGACUACAACGACAUCGACGUUCUCGAGGAAGGCGAUUUUGUUCAAGCGCCGAGAUUCACUCUGUCUUUGACCGGGAACAAGAUUGCCAGCGUAAAACGCGGCGCCUUCGACCUGCCAACUCUGCGAGAUUUGUAUUUAAACAAGAACGCAUUGAGGACCAUCGAGGGUGACAGUUACGAAGGCCUUGGCCGACUGAGACGUCUUUGGCUUUCAGAGAAUGGAAUAUCUGAGAUUCACAAAGGCGCCUGCAAAAAUCUAGGGAGUCUCUAUAUUCUUGACAUAUCUAAGAAUCCGUUUCGAAAGUUGGAAAAUGGGGCUCUUCACGGUCUCAAUACUGGCUUUGGCACCAGCUUAUACAUUUAUGAGAAUAAUUUGAAGGAGAUGCAAGGCGGCAUCUUCGACGAUGUUUAAAACAUUCGUCUUUUAACACAAGACUCUUAUACUUAUUAAAUACUUAUUAAAUUUUCUUUUACACUCGCAUUUUUUAAAUUAUCAGCAUGUAGCAAUGCCUCUUA